GUGAGGGAUACAGCUCAACUGAUUGAGAAGGAGGGAGAGACCGUGAGGGAGUCAGCUCAACUGAUUGAGAAGGAUGGAGCAACAGUGAGGGAGACAGCUCAACUGAUUGAGAAGGAGGGAGAGACAGCGAGGGAGACAGCUCAACUGAUUGAGAAGGAGGGAGAGACAGUGAGGGAGACAGCUCAACUGAUUGAGAAGGAGGCAGAGACAGUGAGGGAGUCAGCUUAACUGAUUGAGAAGGAUGGAGAGACAGAACUAAAGAAGAAGAUAGAAGAAGAUAAACAUCAAUUGACAUUUAGAAAGAAGAGGCAGAUAGAGAGCUAAAGCAAGCCACCUGUGGAUGAGCCUGAAGCCUGGGGAUGCAGAGGGAUUGCAGGAGGAGCGUAGCAGCAGCCUAGCCAGGCGGACAAAUAACAUACACACAUCUCAGGGAGGGACUGUUGGCUCUGCCCCUACUGGAGGAUGAAGAAGCACUCAGCCAGAGUGGCUCCUCUCAGCUCCUACAGCUCCCAGGUCCUCACCUGCUCCAUCUCCGAAGGAGAGGAGGGUUCUGAUUCUCAUGCGGACACACCAGGCAGUGAGGCCAGUGAAGAAGGGACAUCAUACCAGACGUGUGUUAACGCAGUGCUGAAGGUGCUGGGGGGCCUCCUAUUGGUCCUAUGUGUCUCCUUCUCUUGGGUGGGAACCACUCAGCUGGUCCAGCUCACCUUCAAGUCCUUCUCCUGCCCCUUCUUCGUCUCCUGGUUCAGCACCAACUGGAACAUCCUCCUCUUCCCUCUGUACUACGGAGGCCAUGUGGUCACCACCCGGGACAAGCAGACGUCUAUACAGAGAUUCAGAGAGUGCAGCAGGCUUUUCGGGGAGGAUGGGAUGACCCUCAAGCUGUUCCUGAAGAGGACAGCUCCCUUCUCCAUCCUGUGGACCCUGACUAACUACCUGUACCUGCUGGCCCUGAGGAAGCUGACCGCCACUGACGUCUCAGCCCUCUACUGCUGCCACAAGGCCUUCGUCUUCCUACUGUCCUGGAUCGUCCUGAAGGACCGCUUCAUGGGUGUACGGAUUGUGGCAGCCAUAAUGGCCAUCACAGGCAUCGUCAUGAUGGCUUACGCAGAUGGUUUCCAUGGGGACUCCAUCAUAGGCGUGGCCUUGGCUGUGGGCUCCGCGUCCACAUCGGCUCUCUACAAGGUGCUGUUUAAGAUGUUCCUAGGCAGUGCCAACCUGGGUGAGGUGGCUCACUUUCUCUCCACCAUGGGCAUCUUCAAUCUCAUCUUCAUCUCCUUCAUCCCCCUCAUCCUCUACUUCACCAAAGUGGAGCACUGGGGCUCUCUGUCCUCGCUGCCCUGGGGAUACCUGUGUGGCCUGGCCGGGCUCUGGCUGGUGUUCAAUAUCCUGGUUAAUCUUGGUGUGGUGCUUACGUACCCCAUCCUCAUCUCUAUAGGGACACUGCUCAGUGUGCCCGGCAAUGCAGUGGUAGAUGUGUUGAAACAUGAGGUGAUCUUCAGUGUGGUGCAUUUGGCUGCCACCUGCAUCAUCUGCCUGGGCUUCCUGCUACUGCUGCUUCCUGAGGAGUGGGACUCCGUCACACUGCGCUUCCUCGCCACAUUUGCAGACAAGAAGUCUGAGGAGCAUAGCGAGGAGCUGACCGAUUCCAGCAUCCACACGCACAGCCGCAGCCGAGCCAAUGGCGCCGUCUCAAUCCCUAUGGCAUGACCCCGACCCUGUCAGCUCCCAUGACCCUCCAAUGCCCCGUCCCAUCACCAACACCCAUCCUCGCACGGUUCUACAUGUCCCAUCUGGGAAACGUGGAGGGAUGACUAUGGUGCUGACCCAGUCUUGCCCCAUCGUACGCCCCUAAACCACGUAAGCCCAACCUUGAACCUGCUCCACGGACUGUAUUCUGUGAAUAUAAAUAUUGACAGGGCCAGUUUGGCUCAAUCUUAUCUGCAUUUAUUAAAUUUACUCAGAGGUGUAUCAAUAGAGUAUUUACAUUUGACUUCUUAUAUAGUGUUAUAUACAGGAAUGGGUUGGGAAAAAUAUGCUUAAG